AUGCGGCGCGGCGGGGCGCUGCGGCCGGUGUGGGAGCUGAGCGCGGCGGGGCCGGGCCGGCGGCUGCGGGCGCUGCUGGGCGGGGGCGGGGGCGCGGUGCGGGGCAGCCCGGACGGGCGGCACCUGGUGCUGCGUCCCGCGGCCCCGGAGCCGGCGGUGCUGGCGCUGUCGCUGGCGCUGUGGCGGGGCGGCGCGGAGGGGGCGGGCGAGCACGCGUGGCGGGCGGGCGCGGAGGGGGACGGGGCGGUGGCGGGGGUGGCGUUCGUGGGCACGCCGUGGGCGCUGGCCGUGGUGUGGGAGCGCGGGCGCGCGGAGCUGUGGCGCCCGGUGCCGGCAGUGGGCUGGCGCCUGCUGCAGAGCCUGGAGCUGUGCCAGGGCGCCCGCGCCCGCGUGGUGUCGGUGGGCAGCCAGGGCGCCGGCCUGGUGUGGUGCGAGGAGCGCCCGCCCAUGGACGCCCCCGCGGCGCCGGCCCGCGCCGCCCUGCGCUACUGCGUCUGCACCCGGGCGCUGGAGGUGGCGGAGCAGGGCGCGCGCCUGGGCCCCGUGCGCAUCGUGCUGCACAACUGCCCCUGCUACCGCAUCCUGGCCUCGCCGCGCCACGUCUUCCUGCUGCCCGCCCCGGACGCUCACGCCGGCGCCGCCAAGCUGCUGCUGGUCUGGUGCCCGCAGGAGAGCCGCCUGGCUCUGGUUGCGCCCGCCCGAGGGCUCCUCCGCAGCCACCCCCUGCCGCCCGCGGGAGAGCUGGACUUCAAGAAGCUGGUGGCGGGGUGCGCGGGGCUCCUGCCCGCCCUGGACCCGCUGGACAUCCACACCUGCGCCCUGUCGGACUCGGGGGACCUGCUGCUGCUCAGCCCCCGGGGCGCCGUGGACCUGCUGCAGCCCAACGGCGCCCAGCGCUGCGUCUUUGACUUGGGGGGCAGCGCGCUGGCCCCAGGAGACCCGGCGCAGCUGCACGCACGGGGCGGCACCUUGGCCUGCGCACUGGCCGGACUGCUGUACCUUGUCGACCUGGGCAGCGGGCGGCUGCUGGACAAGAUGGUGCUGAGCACCAAGGAGGUACACUUCCUGGAGGACGAGGAGGAGCUGCAGCUCCUCAUGCCGACGGGGAUCUACAGCUACGUCCCCCGCGGCGCGGAGCCGGGCGGGCGCCCAGAGCCCCCGCUGUCCGAGCUGGUCUUCCAGGAGGCCUGCAAGUACUACCAGCGUCGCAGCCUCAGCAGCGCGCCACUGACGGUGGAGAAGCUGCGCAAGGGCGGCAUGUUCCAGGCGCCCAUCGCGCUGGCGGCCAUCCUGCACCACGGCCUGCGUCCCCAGCACGAGCCGCCCCAUGGGCUCCCGGGGCCCCACGCCAAGCUGCUGAGCGCCCUGAGCCUGGAGCUGCAAAGCUACCGCAGCCUGGAGGUGCUGAAGGCCUGCGUGGUGGGCGCGCCAGAGGGCGAGGUGGACAGCUACUGCGAGGAGCUGGUGGAGCAGGAGCUCACCCGCCUCCUGCACUCGGAGCUGGACCCGGACAACCUGGCCUACCUGAACACCAUCUUCCGCUCCUUUCCCCGGGCCGCCUGGAAAGCCGUGCGCGCCAGCCUGCAGCUGCGGCAGGGCACCGACGGGCUCCUGGUUGCCCGGGCCACGCCGGACAUCUGGAAGAAGGUGCUGGGGGGCCCGGUGGUGCGGGAGGUGGAGGGGGGCUGCAAUGGGGUGCUCCCGCUCUUCGAGCUCAUCUGUGGCUCCCUGCACCGCUACAAGCCCGCGUGGCUGCCGCGCUUCGUGGCACUGACACAGCAGUAUGCCGGCACUGCAUGGCCCUACGGCAGCCAGGACGGGCCCGAGGGCCGCGUGCCCCUCUAUAAGCGGGCGCUGGCCGUGCUGACCCGGCGGGCCGGGGCUGCAGGCGAUGAGGACCUGGAGAUCGAUCUGCUGCUGUGCAGCGCGCGGCCCAAGGCUGUGCUCCAGGCCGUGCAGCUCCUCGUGCGGCUGCGGCACUGGUCCCGUGUGCUGGAGGCUGCCCGCCGCUUCUGCCCACGCAGCCCCUUGCUCAACAAGGAGAUCUUCGCCACGCUCCUGGCCGAGGUGGCCCAGCACCGCGAGCUGGACCCGCACCUGGGCGCCUUGUGGGAUCUGUGCCCCCCAGACCUGGCAGCCACCGACAUCCUCGCCAUUGUUCUGCAGCACCUGCCCAGCCCCGUGGUGGGCGAGCCGGCUCCCUUCGCUGCUGCCCCGGGCACCCCGCUGACCGUGGGACUGCUGAAACCGCUGCUGCAGCGCGUGGCACAGUGCCCACGGGCCCAGGACGAGCUCUACGCCAAUGCCCUGCAGAGCCCCGGCAUCCCCCCGCCCACCCCACCCCGGGAGCGCCGGGCAGGUGCCAAGCUGGCCCCAAGGACUGCCACGCUCGGGCUGGACCAAGGCGGUGCCGUGUGAAUGGCGCUGGGGAGGGGGCACCUGGGGAGGGUCGAGGGCUAGGAGCUCCAGCAUGCCCCGGUCCGUGGCACUGGAGCCAGCCCCAGGGCAGGGUGAAAGACUAGAUCGGGACCAGCAGGGCCCUAAGUGCUUCGGGGCAGGGGCUCAGCUUCCUCUCUCUGUCCUACGCACCAGGCCUCUCAGACCAGCUCCGGUAGCUCGAGUGCUCGUGGCCCUUCCUUAGCGAGCAGCCGUGCCGCACCGAGGAGCGAGCAGAGCCACGGGGGAGCUCCGUGCCAGGGCCUGCAGGCUGUCCAGGCCUAACCCCCCUCCACCUUUGCCCCCGAGCCGGCUCAGACACCGAGCACUUUGUGAGGCCCUCCCUGCCUUUCUGCUGCCUCAGCUCCGCAGGAGCGGGUAACCUGAGACAGCCGGGCCGGCCGCUCCCGGCAGACUGCCACACUCCAGACACUAAUGCACGGCCCCUGGUGACAGGGGGGCCCUGUCUCGACCCCCCUCGAGGACACGGUCACACACCCCUCGAGCACCUGGACUGGAAACCGGACAAUAAAGGUUGCUGACGCA